AAUUCACAGAUGAGAUCAAUGGACAAGCGGCAAAAACCCACCAAUGCCAGGAAGGCGUGUCUACGGUGCCGCCGGUCUAAGAGGAAAUGUGACAGAGCACUCCCAAAGUGUCUUCUUUGUAGGCGCAGGCAAGAAGACUGCCAGUAUGAAACAAUAACCCUGUCAUGUUCAGGAUCUGUUCGAUCUCCUGGCACUAAUCCGACAAGCUCUCCGGAUGAACUUUUCUCUCCGCAACGAAUUAAGACUGCAAUCAUUGAAAAAAUAUCAGACAUCGAGCCAAAAGACAUCGUGUCUGCAUAUUCUCGCACCAUACACCCCUGGUUUCCUAUCAUUGCAGAGUCUCGCGUCGGCGACCAACUCCCUGACACCUGGAAUGAUGCGAGUAUCGAUUUCACCUUGCUAUGCUUGACCAUUAUGUUGCUUUGCACCAUUCCGGACUCCAAAUCAUUGGCGGAUACCAAUAUUUCUGUAUUGAAAGAUCUCUAUCUUUCUGCCAAGAGAUGGAUCGCAUUAAUCGAGGGGAUUGGCGCCAACUCAACGGAGAUUGUACAAUCCAGGCUAUUCGUUACAGUGUUCGAAGUCGCGCAUGGCUUGUAUCCUGCGGCUUACAUAUCUAUAAGUGCGGCAGCUAGAGCAGCAGAGAUGCUAAAGAAGGCUGGCGGCUUAGAAACGGCCUCGUAUAAUCCCUAUACAGACGAAGAAAAGGUAGAGAGCUGCAUGACAUGGGCGGCAGUUAAGAUUUUGGAUAGGUAUAUUGCCAUUGAAAGCGGUGAAUAUCCUCCGGUGACAAGACGCAUUCAUACAAACGAGGUCGAUUUACCUUAUUCGGAGCUUCCAUUCGCCGUGUCUACUCCUUUCUCUUCUCAGCGACAGUUCUUACGAUUAUACGAGGCAACAAGUCUUCUAGAUAAAGUUCAUAUAACCAUCUAUGAGCCGACGCCGCGAAUCUCGUUUAAUCUUGAGGAGGGAGCUCUUUUGGUGAAUACAUUGCUUUCAUUGCGAACGGUAAUACUUGGAGAGGUGCCAAAUGAAUCAGCAAUAUACACCAGUGGUCUUCUCAUUUGCGAUACUGGUCUUCUCCUAAUAUAUGAUAAAUGCAACAGAGAACGGUCAUUCAAUUAUAAUAUGAAAGACCAUUGGAUUUCAGCCACCCUUCCGUUGAAAAAUAUUAUUGAAGACAUCUGCAACAUUAUUCGACCGCUGAAUGCUUUCGACGACAACGCGCUAGGCAGGAUCCCACCAUUUGUCCACUUCUUAAUGUACAAAGCUGCAAGCAUUUUGACGAAUAGUAUGCGAGAUCAAACCAAUUUCGAAACAAAUGCACAAAUUCUGAAGUCGCUACGAGAUUUCUUGAAUCUUCUACAAGCACGAUGGCUUGCUGCUGGCCGUUAUUUAAGCCUUUUGGACGAAGAUACUACCCCAAGGAUUUUCAAAGUGUUGGAAACAGAGAGAUCAGAACAUGCGCCAUAUAUUAUCAGAUAA